GCCCUGCUAGCAUUAUUGUCAUCGAAAGCCAUGACAUCGAAGUCGUCAUAAACCGCGCAUAUUUCUCCACCAGUACAAUGGGUCGCGUUAUGACACUAGACGCCACUUACAGUAUCGUGGUUCGCCUCUUGAACAGCUAUUUCACUGAAGAACCGAUCGCACCAAAGGGAAGCGUAGGGUUAUUCUAUCUGGAUUCAGAACAUUUAAGCGAUGUCAUCAUUACCAAUACAACGUUUUCAAACAUUCAGACCAAUGGGGUGGGGAGUUGCAUGUCCCUUAAGAGCGGAGGUGCAAACGUACUAGUAGUUAAUUCAACGUUCAGAAACAACCACGCGCGAUGCGCGGGCAUCUUUUGGAUGCCCGUUGAAGAGUCGUUGGUUCUUGUCUUUCAGGGUUGCUAUUUUGAGUCCAACGGAGCGGAUGAACCUGGAGGGUUGGCCAGUUGUAAAGGCAAGUCUGUGAACAUCACAAUGCUGGACUCAAAGAUCAAUGGCAGCAAUGUUCAAGGACCGGGAGGGGUCUUUGACGCGGGAUUCAAUGUUUGUGACAGCCAAGGCGAAAUAUGGCGCGCGAAUGUGGCAUUUAAAAACACUGUAAUUGAGCAUUGUUCUUGCACUGGUUCAGGUGGUGUUGCAGCAAUAGAUUCAAUCGAUGGUCACAUUACUGUACAAGAUAGCUUUUUUGGAAAUAUUAGUGCUCAAGGACCAGGUGCUGUGCUAUGGGCGGGUAACACUAAAACAUCCAGCGCCAGCUUACACAUUAAAAUUUCUAAUACUGUUUUCAAAAACAGUACUACACAGGCUCCUGGUGGUUUAAUAAGUGGUGGCAGGGUAAGAAAAUUAUUUUUGGACAAAGUCGCAAUAGAUUCAGCAAGUGCGUACAUAGGACCAGGCGGUGUACUAGACAUCGAGGGUGAAAAUGAUAUGGAAGUAAAUAUCACUAACAGCACUUUUAAGAACUGUAAAGCCGCUGCACCAGGAGGAAUAUUGUACCUGACGGCAGAUAAACCGCUAACAAUGGCGAUCUCGGAUUCUGUUUUCGAGUCUAGUGUUGCUCCGGGUCCAGGGGGUUGUAUGUACUUAAUGUUAGGACAGGCCUAUGCCACGUUUAACAACGUAACGUUUAGAAACUGUCAAAGUUUAUCAACUCCAGGCGGAGCUGUGUAUAUUAUUGCAAGGACUUCUAGUGAGAUAGUAUUUCAUUCCAGUGUUUUUCUCGAUAAUACUGCACGGGCGAGUGUUGGAGGAGCAUUGUGUAUAGACCUUCCACAAGAUAUUAUCAGUGAUCCGGGCUGUAUUAAGCACUCAAUUAUCGACGACCCUUCCACACCUCACAGAUCAUGGAACUAUAGCGGCGAAGUCCAAAUCAUUGACACAUCUUUUGUCAAUAACACGGCUCAAAGCGGAGGAGCAUUGGCGUUUUCAAGAGGGCAGCACGUAAUGCAAAGCUGUACAUUUCGGGAUAACUUUGCAAACCUGCGAGGUGGACAUAUCCUCUCGUCGUCAGACUCAACUAGCUUACUAAUAUAUGACUCGAAAUUCACGCAGACACGAAAAACACAAGUUCUAAACGAUGAUGAUAAGCAUAUGUGUGUGUCUUUCAGUAUAGCAUCUUUCAUCGAUACCGACAGUCGAGGUCCUUUGAUAUUGAAAAACUCCUCAUUAGAGUCCAAGUCGUUAGGAGACGUCAAGCCGUUGGUCAUGGUGUCCCAAGGAGGGUAUGUCAGUUUUGACAACAACACAUCCUUGAUAUGUCCACGAGGGAGUGACUUGGAAUUCUUGAACUUUACUAACACAGUCAACACUGAAUUUGAGUCUAAUUCGUGUAAGAUUAUCUUAAGUGUGUUUCAGUUUAAUUGCAAGGCAUGUCCUGUUGCUUCGUACAGCCUUCAGCAUGGACGAAGUGCUGGCUUGGAAAAGAUCGAUAGUUUCAAGUGCUUGUCUUGUCCAUUUGGAGCUGAAUGUCUACUGAGCAUUAAAGCAAAAGCAAACUAUUGGGGAUACCAAGUACCACGCCAAAACCCACCCGCUCUUACCUUCACUAACUGUCCCGCGGGAUACUGUGAACAUCCCGAGCAAAGGGACUCUCUUAAGUACAACAGUUGUCGUGGCAACAGAAGUGGAAUAUUAUGUGGUCGGUGUAAGGAAGACUACACUGAAACUCUUCUGUCACCAUCUUGUCGACGCAACAAUGAAUGUGAUGACACGUGGUUAUGGGGUGUGGCAGUUGUGAUGCUGUUGCUCAUGGCAGUGUACUUGGUUCACAAGCCUCGUUUUAGUGUCUUCAUCAGAAGGCAGAUCUUUUGGUUUCGAAAAGACAAUAACGAUGAAGAAGUUCCUCCAGAACAUGGGGAUGUCAAGGUGAAGAGUCAUGACAAGGGAUACUUAAAAAUAGUCUUUUAUUUUUACCAGGUGGCCAACCUUCUCUUGAUUUCCACGUCGUAUAACACCAUCAUAGAGUCGCACCUUCUUCAGCCUGUUGUCGGGUUCUUCAACUUCCAGUUCAGGUUUUCAUCCAGUGGCUUCUUGUGUCCCUUCCGUGGUCUCACAGUCGUCACCAAAGAACUCUUCAUGGCUUCACAAGUAUUUGGUUUGUUCAUCAUGAUCUUGUUCUGCUACUUCUGCCAUGUCUUGGUUCGCAAGUGCAAGUCCCUACCUUCACCAAAUCUCGGGCCUUACUUAGGUGCUGUGCUGGAGACCAUGUUGCUAGGCUACGCCGUGUUUGCUAACACAGCCCUUAAACUGUUACAGUGCACGACCAUCGGUGAAGAAUCACGGCUGUUUAUUUCUGGUCAAGUGUUGUGCUAUCAGUGGUGGCAGUACUUGUUGAUGGUAUUUGUUGGUGUAGUGAUUGUGCAUUUUGUACUUAUCCUUGGGCUUGGUUCGUAUUGGCUGAGAAAGGGAAGCAUAUCGGUAAAGGGGUUUUUAUUGGGCUGUACGCUUCCACUUCCCUACCUAGUGUUCAGACUUGCCCGCCAUCUCUUCUUCCGACAGCGUCAGCCCAGUGAAGAAUCUGCUGAAUGGAAGGCGUGCAUCGAGGAUGUUCUUUUUGGUGCAUUUAGGCUUCGGGAAGGAGACUCCUACGGUGCUUUAUACUGGGAAAGCGUUUUGACGGGCAGACGUUUGAUCAUCAUUAUCAUCUACGUGUCCUUUUCCGACCCUCUGUGCAAACAGCUCCUAUUAACGUUCGUCUGUGUCGCCAUCUUGAUCCAUCACUUAACCGUGCUUCCAUUCCGUAACGCGAAAGCCAAUAAUGUAGAAAUGGCUUCUCUGUUAGGCCUGAUAGUCAUUGCUAUAAUCAACAUGUUCAAAGCAAGUUUUUUGACCACUUAUGGCCAGGAUCCCCAAGGCCCUCUACUGCGGUGUGCACAAAUCUUAGACUCGAUUCAAAUGAUUAUAUUAAGUGUGGUACCAGUGAUUUGUAUCUUGUUGGUCAUAGCGUCUGUGGUUUCCCAACUUGUUCGUCUUUGCACAGUGAUGGGUCUUUUUGUUUGUGUAGGCUGCUGUAAGCGUUACUUCGCCCAGGAGAGCAGACCCUUGCUCGAGCCUACUGACUUCAAUGAAUCCACUGUAGUGCAAACUUAAUGCUGGAGUAAGAGAAAAUGAACUAAGAAAAGGAAUCCUCGCACCCAAUCAUGAGAACUCUUUGAUGCCAUUUUUAGAAUCAUUGAUUCUUUUUUUUAGAAUCUUUCAUUAGAACGUUCAGAGAUCCCUUCUCCUGGUUCAUUUUCUCUUGGCUGGAGCGUAUGCUUUCAUGUGAUAAAAGAUUUAUCAGUGAGUGACCUUUGAUGUAGUAAUACAUCAAAAUAUGUGCCCUAGAAUAAGGAAUUUCAUAAUUUAGAACUUACCAAAUAUCUUGU